CUGUCGCUCCUCUCUCUCCCUCCCUCUCUCUCCCUCUCUCUCUCUCAGAUUCAGAUUAUCUCCAUCCUCCUGCCACUGAGAUGUCGACUCCAGAAACAGCAACCGAUGGCGAGGGUGCUCCUCCGGCCCUGAACCUCACGAGCAACAGACGACUGCAGCAGACACAAGCGCAGGUGGACGAGGUGGUGGACAUCAUGCGUGUUAACGUGGACAAGGUCCUGGAGCGCGACCAGAAGCUGUCGGAGUUGGAUGACCGGGCCGACGCGCUGCAGGCCGGAGCCUCGCAGUUCGAGAGCAGCGCCGCCAAGCUCAAGAACAAGUACUGGUGGAAGAACUGCAAGAUGAUGAUCAUCAUGGCAAUCGUAGGUCUGAUAUGUUUUGGAGUCAUUUUCUUGUAUUUCUUCUACUGAGCUGGUCUUCGGGGAUCGGACCCGCGAGUCCCAGAACCAGACCGCACCCACGCCGGCAGAGCCCCCCCCCCCCCCCCCCAAAGAAGAAAAUAAUCCAGCCUCUCCUCCUCCUCUUCCUCAGAAACCUCUCGGUUCCUCUCCAGACAGGAAUCCUGAGUGGAUGUAAAGUUGUGGGUUUUUUUAAACUUAAUAAUUAUAAGUUUUUUGUUCCUGCUGCAUAAACUUCACAUUUCUGAAUGACGAGGUGUCUAAAUGUGUUUUUCAUGAAACUUGAAAGCGUCUUCUGUGUGUUCGCUAAUCCAGCCUCUUAAAAAAGGGAUUAGAUUAUGAAGAGAAUUGGGCUUUAAAAAAAAAAAAAAAAGCCCCUUCCAGGUAGAUUUAAAGAGACAGUACAUUAUUUUUAACUGACCGUCACCAUCCCCUUGUGUCACCGGUAUUUGACAAAAAGACACAGAAAAUAUGAAAGUUAAUAUUAAAUAUUUCUCCAGGUCGCUUGUGAAGAGUUUGUUAUUCCUAAAUGGACCGAAAAAAAAUUCUAAAGAGCUCCGAAACCUCUCAGAUAUUCAUUUGUGUUCCUCUCCGCCAGCUUGUGUUGUUCUGGUACAGUUUAUGUUGAGGGACGUCGCCCCCUGGCGGUCGGCGGCGGUACUGCGGCGGGAACACGUUUGAGUUUUGAUUGUAAAUAAACAGUGCUGUUGUUAUGGUGA